GGCGGGAGGAGCCGCCCCUCCGCCGGGCUCGGAGCUAUAAGGGCAGCGCGAAGCGACGCGGAGCGCGGUUGAAGCCAUGGGUAACCGUGUCACCCGCGAGGACUUCGAGUGGGUCUACACGGAGCAGCCCCACACGCAGCGCAGGAAGGAGAUCCUGGCAAAGUAUCCGGAGAUCAAGACCCUGAUGGGACCAGAUCCACAUUUAAAGUGGAUUGUAUCUGGAAUGGUUUUCAUCCAGCUUCUAGCAUGCUACCUGGUGAAAGACUUGUCUUGGAAAUGGAUUUUCUUCUGGGCUUAUGCUUUUGGGGGUUGCGUCAACCAUUCCCUGACCCUGGCCAUCCAUGAUAUUUCACACAAUGUCGCCUUUGGGAACAAGCAGACUAAGUGGAAUCGAUGGUUUGCAGUCUUUGCCAACUUGCCAGUUGGCAUCCCUUAUUCUGCCUCCUUCAAGAAAUACCACAUUGACCAUCAUCGGUACCUUGGUGGGGACGGCCUGGAUGUGGACAUUCCCACAGACUUUGAAGGCUGGUUCUUCAGUACACCGCUUCGGAAACUGCUUUGGCUUUUCCUCCAGCCUCUGUUCUACAGCCUGAGACCAUUGUAUGUGAACCCCAAAGCAAUUACACAGAUGGAAAUUUUUAAUGCUCUCGUCCAGUUUUCGGUAGACCUUAUAAUUUACUACCUUUGGGGGCUCAAACCUAUUAUUUACUUAAUAGCAGGUACAAUUCUUUGCAUGGGUGUACAUCCCAUUUCUGGGCAUUUCGUAGCAGAACACUACAUGUUCUUAAAAGGGUAUGAGACAUACUCGUAUUAUGGACCUCUGAACUGGCUCACCUUUAAUGUAGGCUACCACAUGGAGCACCAUGACUUCCCCAGCAUCCCUGGAUGCAGAUUGCCAAUGGUGAAGAAGAUUGCAGCAGAAUAUUAUGAUAACCUCCCACAUCACCAGUCCUGGAUUCGAGUUUUGUGGGACUUUGUUUUUGAUGAUGCUAUUGGUCCUUAUUCAAGGGUUAAGAGACUAUGCAAGCUGGCAGAAAAAAAGCUAAUGGACUAGCUCUGGCUGCUGCUUUGGUAUUUUGUUUGUUCGUCUGAAUGAAUUGAGUUUUCUGCCAAAGUAGAAGGAAGUUUGCAUGUGCUGAAGUAGCAUUGGUGUGUGCUCCUUUGAGCGAGAGGAUCAGUGUGAAAAUGAAGCAAUUGCAUGCACUAUUUUAGAAUAUUGGUACUUUUUAAUAAAGGAUUUGUGUAUGUAGCCCUGAGAAACUAGAUUAGAGUGAGUUAUGAUUAUGUGAACUUUUAGCCUAGGCCUAGAAUUAACUUCCUGGGCUAUGUGUGCCUAAGUCUGAAUUUUGGCCUGCUCUGCAAUGGAGAAUGCUUGGUGCGUGUAUGUGUGAACAUGUGUAUGUGUAGUUUAGGUCUGGUUUCUGUUCAUGCCAGAUUAGAUGUGGAUUCUCUGCAUGUCCAGGACUGUGGAAGCAGAAAGGAUUGGCGUGCAGUAGUAAAUGAUACUUUCUGGCGAACAGAAUAGUGCCUUUAGCUCAAUGUCUUGUCUAAUCUAAUAUCUUCUGAUAAUUGCUGGUAGCAGAGAUUUUGUAUAUGAAAUGGAAUAUGUGUAUACAUUUGUGUCAUUAUUUUAGUAGCUGCUGUUUGACUUUUAUCCCAGGGCUUUGUCUAAACCUUUUCUGAAUGCAUUUCUAUUCUUGGGAUCUAAUACUUGGUGUAGCUUACUGGCAGAGCUGAACUGUGGUGUGGAGAAACCCUUCCUUUAGUCUUCUGCUCACUGCCUGAUCAGCAGCGUGGAUGUGUCCCUGGAGGAACUGGGUGGUCCCUUCUCACUCGCCUUAUCAGCAGUAUUCAUAACUUCAUGUUUUUCAUCCUUUUCCCCACUGCUAGUCCUUCUGGGAAUGAAAAGGUGCUAAUUUUAAUAAUUUUUUUGCCAAGGUUGUUAAUGUUCCUGAUGACCUUUCUUGGCCUUUUCUAUAUUAUACCCCCUUCUGUACACAGGUGUUAGGAGUAUGUGUCAGUGAAGAUGUGGCAUUAUGGUGAUAGUUGUUCCUAAGCACUUUCAGAAUAAUUAUAACUUUUUUCCUCUGUCAUUCAAGAGGUACCAACUUGGCAGUUGGGAAGCGGGUGAUAUUCCAGCUAUAUGGAAGUUGCCACUGGCGAUGUUAAGUGGAUCUACCCGGAACAUGAAACUGGGUCUGUUUCUCCCACUAUGUGUCUUACUUUGUACUAUUGACAUUAACUUUCAUCUGUGUUUCUCCCUACUGGGAUAGUUAAAUCUUCUUGCCUGUCCUCUCCAACUAUCAACUUCUGGCUAGUCUCAAUAAUUCUGUAUCAUCAAAAACCUUAAUCACCAUACCUUUCUCCAAGCAGACCAGUAUCUUGGGAGUCAGGAGUUCAGAUACCAUCUAAUAGCUUCCCUCCACCCUGGAAAGCUGACGAGUUCUUACUAAGUGGUUAAAAGAGAGAAAGAGAGCAGAUUUGUAAAGGUUCUCUUGUACCUUAACCCUCUAACAGCUGGGCGUUGGGCUUUUUUUACUUUCCCCUGGAAAUUCAUGCCUGUAACAAAGAAAAGGAUUAUUCUGCAUUCUUGUUCAUUCCUCAAAGUAUGCUAUUAGAUCUGGGAAGCCUUAUUUCCUCAAUAAACAGUUUCAUUCUUUCCUCCUACAGGAGUUUAUCCAGUGAGUCAUUCUGUCUGUUUGUCAGCCUGGCACACCAGGCAGCUGAGCUAGCCUGCAGCAGUUUGGGUUCCUCCUCCUCCAUUUCCCUUUCCUUAUUUUCCUCAUCUGUCUGAUUCUGAUAGUUGGGUAAAUACCCAGGUUUGCUCAGCAGUGCAAGGUCAUUUGUGAUCCAGGGGAUGAAUACCAGUUCAUUCACAGAUAUUGUUUUGGUCUUGUUCUUUUUCUGAAAAAGAAGAGGAAGAACAGAACUUCUUCUGACGCUUCAGAGUUCACUGGUUCUUCACGUGCCUUUUCUCCCACAGGAAGUAGCUUUGGCAUGGGAACCUCCACUGACUUCUUUGUGUUGGUCCUCAUGUCUGAAGCUUCACUCUUUCAUUAAUUUACUUGAAUGUUGCUGGCACUCCAUGAUCACAUAUUCAGCUAUCUGUGUCCUUAGUGAACUUUGCAAGUUAAUAUAAAAACCAUAAUAAAGAUUAUGCUGUCUUCCUCAA